GCCUGGCCGGGCGUCGUGUAUGUGCGCGACACAGCGAAAAGUGUCAAAGCGAGUGUUUUUGUCCGAUGUGUCAGGACGUGAUCAGCUGGAGUCUGACACCGACGGCAACAACGACGUCCUCCGCCGCCGCAGCUAGCCGGACAGGCUAGUUAGAUAUGCCACGAUAAGUUUGGCAGCUUUUCAUUCAUCGUCGUUCGUGCUUGUUGGAUGUUUUUUACUUUCGCCGCGUCGGUUGUCUCGAGUUUUCUCUCGUGUUUGGGCACUACUGCGCUCCCCGAUCCGCCAAAUACGUGGCAUGCGACGGUAGCGAGUCACAUUGGUUGUUUACAACGCGCAGUUAGCACACGCUAGCUCGGUGUGUGGUUAUUGGAGUUAGCAUGCUAGCUUCGACGCAGAAGUGGACGCCGCACGAUAGGAACACGUCUGACAGCUCGUGUUUUUGUCCGCCAUCGCCUUUCCAAAGAGGUUUGCACGUGUGGUUGAUACGCUUGUCCGUGAGCUAUGGUGCGUUUGCUUCGUUAGAUGUGUAGAUUUUGUGGCGUGGAGGCGAUGUGGCGCUGCAGUCGUCACCGUAUCAGACGUCCAUGCAGACAACACGUACAGCAGCAGCAGCAGACUGUCUGUCAGCAACAUGCCAGCGUCAUGCCUGUUUUAUGACAGCGCCACAUUUUUACUGUGUGCUAGUGAUGUGCUUGUUUGGCGAUAGCUGCCCCCACAGUUCGUUGUUAUUCUGUACUCGAUCUUUAACCAGCUCCACCACUAAUCCCCCAAUCUGAGCUGUCUGGGCUACAAUGGAGCCAACACCUUCAGAACGUCACUUACAGCUAGGACGGAUUGUUCCGCAGUCUGCAGAAAAGCUCACGUCUCUUCAAGGUGCAAAAGUUAGCGUAAUGAAGCAGAACGGAGAGACAAAUCGUCGAAUAGAUCGCAUUAUUCUAUACAGUAGAGGAAUUUAAAGACAGUUUAACGCAAAAGAAGAUGAAAAUUCCCAAGAUGUCUAUCCAGAAUUCAGGAAGCUCGAUUGAAAACAGCUUUGGAGAGGAGAGAUUGCCUCUGAGGCAUAAAAAGGCCCUGUCUCAGGACCAUGGACGUCCUCUCUCCAACUCCUCCAAGAGCUUGGCAGCAGUAGUGGCUCGCUUGGAGAGAAAUGCAGCUAGUUCCUGCAUGGAGGGUGAGGAGGACCUCGACGAAGACCGGCUGGCUGAAGAGGGCGAAGAUGCAGAUGAUGAAGAUGAAGAUAUGGAGGCAGAGCAUCAGCAACAUCAUCACCACCAGCAGCAACAACAGCAGCAGCAUUUGGAAGUGGACACAGAUUGUGUGUCUGAGGUAGCUGCUGCUGUGGUUCCUCGAGUUCUGUAUGAGGAGUUGGUUCACAGCUACAGGCAGCAAGAGGAGGAGAUGAGGAGACUUCAGCAGGAGUUGGAGAGAACCCGCAGACAGCUGGUGCAGCAGGCCAAAAAGCUGAAGGAAUAUGGCAGUUUGCUGACGGAAGUGAAAGAACUGAGGGACUUCAACAGGAGACUGCAAGACGUACUUCUGAUGAGAUUGGGAAGCGAGCCUAUGCAUGACAAUGGCACUCAGACAAUCAAGGCUGAAGUGGUUGAACCUAUUGUUGAGGCCCAGGAGACAUGCAGAGAAGAGGCCAACACCAGUUCCAGCUACUCACCUUCACCCAGAACAGUAUACACCUGCAAUGACGGGAAGGUACAUCUGGGUGCUGGGAUUUGGGUGGAGGAGGAGAAGUGGCACCAGCUGCAGCGGACCCAGGGAGACUCCAAGUUCACAAAGAAUCUGGCUGUGAUGAUUUGGGGCACAGAAACCCUCAAAAACCGUAGCGUCACUGGAGUGGCCACUAAAAAGAAGAAGGAUGCCCUUCCCAAGCCUCCGCUGUCUCCCAGCAAGCUGAAAAUUGUCAGAGAGUGUCUCUACGACAGAGUGUCUCAAGAGACAGCCGACAGCGCAGAGAUUACGCAGAGAUUGUCCAAAGUGAACAAAUAUAUUUGUGAAAAGAUAAUGGACAUCAACAAGUCCAUCAAGAACGAGGAGCGGCGCGAGUCAAAGCUGCUCAUCAGACAGACAGUGAAGAUGGAGAACUUCACCUACGAUGGCAUAUAGUGAUCAACCAACACGCCAGCGCCUUCUGCCAUCCCCCCCAGUGUGGUCUGCAGGAUGUGGAGGGGACUGGAAAUGGGCUGUUUGGGAAUGCUGUCACGGUUUCGGGAGCGACCAUAUUACUUUGACACAUUAGAUUGGUUAAUUUUGUGAAAACAAGCAAACCCAUUGCCACCUUCUCCCCCACCCUGUAAAAUGAUUGUGACCUUUUUAAGUGGCCCAGUUAAGUAGUUGGCAUACAGACAGCUUUACCCACCAGUUAGAAAUUGAGCGAUUUGUUUGAUAUGAGCUGAAAUGAGUGUUUUUAUAAGCUUUAACAGUGGCAUUGGUACAAAGAUGCGGUUUAUCGAGGUGUGUGCAUAUGUGUCAAAAGAUAAAUUUGUGAUUGUUAAAUUAAUUUAUUGUUCUGUGUCAGAACAUAACUUUGAAUCCUUGAACUUUUAAAAAGUAAGAGGUUUUUUCCCUAGGUAAAGUUUUCUGAUGCUAUGAAGAUGACGGUGAUUCAUUAGAUCUUAGACAUGUGGGGUUGCUGACUGUUUUGGUGGCUACAUGCUAGCUGCUGGAGAGAUGAGUGUUUGCUGUUGGUACUUAUUGCAUGUAAUGGGACAACAGGGUCUCAAAUGCACAAGUCUUAAUUAGUAACAGCCAUACUUCAUUUUGCAGCAGAGAUUCUGGUGCUAUAAGAGAUUAAUUAUGAGUGUGUGCUCUCCCUUAACUGUAAGUCAAUCACAACACAUCACUUGAUGGAAAAAGAAGGUUAACAAAGAUUUCAUUGGAGGGGCGACUCUUCAGUCUGUAGAGUGCCGUUGUGUCCCGUUUUGAUUUUUUUUUUCUUUUUUUUGUUUUUCUUCAGUUUUUAAUCUUUCCCAUCAUUGAGAGAGCACAGCAAUGAUUUCAAUGGAAAAUUUGUGACUUUCUCAUAAUCAAACUUGUCACUUUUGGAAAACUUGACUGUUGAGUUGUCUUGGUACAGGCACGUUGAUGCCUAGAACGGCCUUAAAUGAAUUCGGCAAUCACCAGGGGCUGAUAUGCUCCUGGGUUUUCUAGUAAGCUGUGAUUGUAAAUGUAUAGUAAGCUUAAGUGAUAAAGCUUUAUCUGCACUUUGCUGUGAGAAUGUAAAAGGUGGCGAGGUACUUUUUUCUGUGUGGUUCAUACUUCUAAGUUGAGCUGAGCUGGACUGUUGCUGGGAUCGAAAUCAGGGCGCAGCAUUGCACGGUCCAGGCCAUCUUCUUGUGAGAGCUCUGUUAGCUGUGGGUAAAGCUGUCUGUAACACUAUUUUUCUGUGAAAGUUGUCUGGCCCAGCUGAAUCCAUUAUAACUCUUGUUGUUUGGGCCACACCACUGGGGAACAAAGUAUGGUUGCUCCAGUGACAAUUUCCUCUGAUCUAUGCCGUCAGAGCUUUGGAAAUUUCCUAUUGUACGUCCCCCGCCCUCUUACUUCUCCUGUUGUUAUAUUGUUUUGAUCCAAAAUGGUUUGUGUGGCUGUCUGCAGGCUGGAACUAAACGCUGCAGAUUGAAAUCUCAACUGUGACCUAGCUGUGGCUAACUGUGAAUCUGCUGCAGAGCUGCCCAUCAAGCCUUGCUCCUCUUCACACUUUCGAUUCCUGUUGUUUGGUUUAUUUCGCCCCAUGAUUUUGUUUGUCUCGUAUAUACUCAAAAUUUCAGUUCAGCCUUUUUUCAAUCUCUGUUAUGUUUUAGUCCAAUUUUUUUUAAUUAUUAUUAUUAUUAUUGUUUUUCUUCCCAUCAACCCAUCAAACACAGAUGCUUAAUUUUUAUGUUACACACCGUUUCAAGCUUCUGGUAAAAAUUUUGGUUUCACUAAUUGAUGUUGUAAUUCUAUAUUACCUAUCAGUUAUUUUGUGUGCGUGUAUGUGUGUGUGUGUGUGUGUGUGUGUGUGUGUGUGCGUGCGUACGUUGUGCGCAUGCAUGCUGCAAGCCUGAUUCUGUUGUUAUGAAUCAGUGGUGAAAACUACAAAGAAAAAAGAAAUAUUGCCCCAUAGCCAAAGUGAUCUAUUUAAAAUGAGAUUUACGUUUGACAAAUCCAGCACAUCAUGAUCACAGCAUAUUUGGUGAACCUUGUUUGUGAGCUACUUGCUAAUCUGCCAUAGUAAAAUGUAAAUCUGUAUUGUUAAUCCAUUGCAGUUGAGAUGCAGUAGUUUCGAUCAACUGAAAUCAUUUACUUUGAAUGCACUUUAAAUCUCUGGGCAAUUUUGUCAAUCUUAAAAAAAAAAAAAAUGUAUUUGUGGGGUUUUCUUCUCUUUGUUUAUAGCCAUUUUUUAGAUUGAGGCCUAAAAAUCACCGUAUUAUCAUGCAGCACCUUAGAACAAGUUUUUGUGACAUGCUUUUGUUUCCAGUGCUCCUCAAAAACGUUUAUAUUGAACACGAAAAAAAGAAUCAGCACUUUUAUUUAGGAUGUUUAGAAUAUAUUCAGUCUUUGAUCAUUACAAUUACGCUUAAACUGGAUUCUACGACUUCACCAUGGCCUCACGAAGUAUAAUCGGCCUAGUUUAUGAAUUGUUUAGAAACAACCCCUCCAUAUGAAAGACAAUUCACCGUCUUAACAACUUUUACCAAUGAAAUGUGCAAGCUGACUGGAAUAUGUGCUUUAACUUAAUGUGUCAACAUGCUGGGUAUGUAUAAAUAACUUGUAUAGAUGUAAUUCUAUGUUUUUACAAAUGAGUGGUAAUUGUAAGCCAAAGUAUCGAAUACUGAGAUCAAGCUAAAGAAAGGGGAUGCUGACUGAGGGAUCAGCAGGGUUUGCACAAAAAAA